AUGUCAACGACACGUAUCAACCCGCAACAAAACCUACGCAAUGAAGAAUUUCCGUUUUGUUCUGUUCUUGGUUCUCCUGGCAACAACUUCAUUGGAGAUCAAUGCUCAGACUUGCAAAACCAAGUGGUGGUAUCCGGGGAAGAAAACCGCCUCCAGGAGAAUGCAACCGUGAGAACAACUCGGAUUGUUGUGUCCAAGGUAAGUUUUUACACCACGUAUACAUGCUCGCCUCCGGUGACAGGCGAUACUAAAGCAACACUGACAAUAAACAGUUUCCAAAAGGGAGGUGAUGGUGGUGGUCCAUCGGAGUGUGACAACCAAUACCACUCUGAUGACACACCAGUUGUGCGCUGUCAACGGAUGUGUGGAAGGCCUUUAGGGGUAUCCGAGGAUAACUGGGGAGAUUUGGAUAUUACUUGGACAGAGUGA